ACUGCAGCUAAAGCUUCUAAAAGAAUCUCUGCUGAAGUGAGUAAGAGACAACGAACUAGAGAGGAGAAGGAGGAGGAGAAGUUGGGUAGACUCGCAACCGAUAUAUCUACCACGGACGGAGUUCAAGUAUCCUGCAAGGACGGAGCUGCUGCUCAGGGUUUCAAGCGUAUCCAAGCACACAAGUCUGGUCCUUGGGACUUUGAAAAUAUUCAGUUCGGGCAGGACUUGUCCGGUCAUCACAGUGGUCCUAUCUGGUGUAUGAAGUUCUCAUUGUGUGGUAGAUUACUCGCAACUGCAGGACAGGAUUGUAUCCUACGGAUCUGGGUUCUACGGGAUAAACAUGGAUACUUCAGUGAUAUGAGACGAAGGUACCAGGUGGAACACGAGGGUAUAUCAGAUGAUCAGGUUCACCAGGAUCAAAUUACUCAGGGUUAUCUAGAAUCAGAAGACUCACAGGGCCAUAUUUUUAUGGACAGACCCUUCGUAACCUACACAGGGCACACCAGCGACCUGCUGGACAUCUCCUGGUCCAGCAACUUCUUCAUCCUCACCUCAUCUAUGGACAAGACAGUCAGGCUUUGGCAUAUCUCCAGGAAAGAAUGUCUGUGUGUAUUCCAACAUAUCGAUUUUGUCACUGCCAUCGGGUUUCAUCCCAGGAACGACAAGUUCUUCAUCAGCGGGUCCCUGGACGGCAAGAUUAGGUUGUGGAACAUCCCGGAUAAGAAAGUUGCGCUCUGGAACGAGGUUGACGGUCAGACCAAGCUGAUCACAGCUGCUAACUUCUGUCAGAACGGGAAGUUUGCUGUUGUGGGGACCUAUGACGGGCGGUGUAUAUUUUAUAGUACGGAUCAGCUCAAGUAUCAUACAACUAUACAUGUGAGGUCUGCCAGGGGCAAGAAUUCUAGAGGGAGGAAGGUUACUGGGAUCGAACCAAUGCCAGGAGAGGAUAAGAUCCUAGUGACCUCUACGGAUAGUAGAAUACGUCUCUACGAUCUCCGGGAUCUCAGUUUAAUCUGCAAAUACAGAGGAUACACAAACCUAUCUAGUCAGAUCAGAGCUUGCUUCAGCCCAGACGGAAGGUAUGUGAGUGCUGGUAGUGAGAAUCACUGUGUAUAUCUGUGGUCAAGUGUCCAUGUUCCCUCCUCUCUAACUGCUAGGAAGGAUAGGAACAAUUACUACGAGGCAAUAAAGGCCCACAAUGCAGCUGUAACGUGCACAUUAUUCGCCCCUGUUCCUGAGCUUGUGUUUGAGGCUGUGGAGCGAGGUCGUGAGGCUGCAGGUCGACUCAGGGAGAAGGAAGGAGUUGACCCAGUAGGCGACAAGGAACCUUUAACAGGAUAUGCGGUCAUCUCAGGAGAUUAUGACGGGGAUAUUAAGGUUUUCAUCAAGGAAGGAAAGAAGAAAACCUCUCUGCCAAGACAUUGAAAACCGGGCUCAUGUUCAUGUGAUUAUUUUAUGCAGGUAUGCUAGGCAUGCAUUCCUUGUGAUAUAUUAUUUAUAAAAUUUGUUUAUAUUUCUAUUAUUUUAUACCCAUCUACCCUAAAUAUGAUUAAAUAUAAUAUGUAUUAUAAAAUUUACAAUAAAAUGUUGCUAGACUUAAUAUUGGUUAAAAUAGAGAAUCCUGUAUUCUA